AUGGACCACCACGACCACAUGCACCACAUGGGCCAUUCCUCUCACUCUGGUAUGGACCAUGGAAGUCCCGAUUCCGCCGGCCCUAUGUGCAACAUGAACAUGCUCUUCACCUGGUCGACCGACAACCUAUGCAUCGUCUUCCGCCAGUGGCGCAUCACCUCGACGCCGUCUCUGCUUGUCUCGCUAGCGCUCAUCGUCACCAUCUGCGCCGGGUAUGAAGCGCUGCGCGAGGGGAUUCGGCGGUAUGAUGCUGUUGUGGCUAGACGGUUGGAUACCGCGCCGCGCCAGAACCGCGACGCGGUCACUCGUCGGGCGCAUUACAUCAAGGCGAUUCUAUACGGGAUUCAGAAUUUUUAUGCUUUUAUGAUCAUGCUCAUCUUCAUGACAUACAACGGCUGGGUGAUGCUGGCAGUGUCGUUCGGUGCCGGACUAGGCUACCUUCUGUUUGGCGGGAAAACGCCGGUGGCAAAGGAGACGGCGUGCCAUUGA